CGCCUGCAGAAUCUAAACACUGUAACACUUUGACCAUUCCAGUUAGCCGAUUCAACGGAGCCAAAUAUGCCCGCCGUCAUGAGCAGAAUCCGGCCGAUCAAGCCAGAAGAAUCCAGACCGCAGUCACCCUCCAAAGCCCGCAAGUCGACCAGAACGCCAAAAUGUUCCCGCUGCAGAAACCACGGCUUCUUCUCUGCCCUGAAGGGCCACAAGCGCUUCUGCAACUGGAGAGACUGCCAGUGUGCCAAAUGCAACCUGAUUGCCCAAAGACAGCGCGUCAUGGCGGCGCAGGUUGCUCUGAGGAGGCAGCAGGCCCAGGAGGAGGAGCUGGGCAUCAGUGCCCCGGUCAAUCUGUCCGGUCCUGAUGUGAUGGUGAAAAACGAAGCUGCUGCUGACUGCCUCUUCUCUGUGGAGGGCCGAUCCAGUCCAUCGACCAACUUUAGCCACUCGUCCCUCGCUGUGUCAGGAAGUCGCUCUUCAUCGUCCUCCAGUCCCUCCUCUUCCUCUGUUAGGCCUCACUCUGAGGGAACUUCUGACCUGUUGCUGGAAACCUCCUAUUACAACUUCUACCAGCAGUCACGCUACCCCCCCUACUACACCAAUCUGUACAACUACCCACAGUACCAGCAGAUGCCCCAUGGGGACAGCCGCCUCCCAAGCCACGGCGUGUCCUCCCAGUACCGGAUGCACUCCUAUUACCCCGGGGCCACCUACCUGACCCAGGGCCUGGGCUCCACCACCUGUGUGCCGCCCUUUGUCAGCCUGGAGGAGAACAACAGCUGCUCUGAGACCAUGGCAGGCUCGUUUUCACCCACCAGCUACGACUCGACCAUGACCUGCCGCUCCAUGAGCGCUCUGGUUCUAAACGACGACAAGGCCGAGUGCGAGGCCGGCGGCCAGGCGGCCAGCUUCACCGUCGACACCAUCACCGGCGACACCAGCAACUAGAAGAAGAAGAAGAAUGUCACGAUAAGUUCUCGCCUGAACUGAAAACUGUUCAGCUGUUAAAGCAGAUUUUUGUUCCUGAUUUCUGUUCUGCUCUGAGUCUCUCUGUUCGUAACUGAAGGGAGUUAAUCAUCCAAAAACUGACUGUUUUUUAUGAUUCCUAAUUAGAAAAAAAUCAAGACUGAAUUAGAUUACACAAAAUAAAAUACUGUACUCUCAAAAGUUUACACACCUGCUACACCUUGACUUAUUAUUUCAAAACAUUUUACAACUUAAGUUGGAAUAUAUGUGUGUAAUUCAGUUAAAGAUAAUUUAUUAUCAGAAAAAUGUGUACAACACUGCAAAAACACAAAAUCUUAAGUAUUUUUGGCCCGUAUGU